UAUUUUUCAUUGUUGCUGGCCUUCAAAAUAAACCUGUUUAUUAGAUCUAGAGAAUCUAGAUCUAGUGUUAGUCUGCUCUGGUCAUUCCGAUACAAAAUUUCAAAUGUUUAUGCACAAUGUCAGAUGAACACAGUUUUACAAAUACACCUGCAAAUAUUGAUUAACAAAUAAAUUCUAACUACAAUUACAAACUCAAACAAUACAAAUAUGGAUACAAGUUUGGAGCAGUCACUCAAAGAGAAUCCACCCAAACAAACAAAGAAAAGACAACUGAAAAGAGACGACAGCUCUGAAGCCAAUAAAGAUGUUGUGGAAAACUUGCAAGAGGAAGGAAUCUCAUCCACAGAAACAAAGGAAUCAACAGCAAGCACCCCAAGAAAAAAACCAAGACAUUUGUUGUACAGAGAACCACCAAACCUGCCAUCUCUGGAUACAGAUAUCUUCAAGACUCCGUAUGAUUCCAAUUUGCCCUCUUUAGAUUUGGGCAGCUCUCUGGAUACAAGCUCCGGCACUGGUUUAACUGAAAACGACAACCUUGGCAGCUUGGGAGAAAACAUACAAAAAUACUCACUAGACUCACUCAAAGAGUUUUCUCUGCCCCCAGAGCCAGAUGAAAGCUACGGUCACGCUUCACCGCCUGUGAACUGUAGUUCACAAUCUGCUACACUUGUUUCUUAUGAACAGCAGUUUAGCUAUUCAUCUAGUAAACAACACACAGUUACCAACACGGACAAACUUCAGAGCAUGGAUUCUCCUGAUUCAUUUGUGUUGAAUCAGUCAAAAUUUGAAUCUAAACAUAGGAAAUCUAUUCAAGGAAACUUUGAUGGCAAUGGUAACCAGUACAGUAUGAAUACUUCAGUGCUGUCAUUUGAGAGCAAUUUGAAUGAACAUAACUUGACAUCCAAUCAGAACGACUCAAGAAAUUUGAAUGUUAAAAACUGUGAACUGAACUCAGAUCAUUUGUGUUUCUACGCACCUUCUGAGUUGCAAGUCAAGUUUCUACCCCGAGAAAUACAACAUGUAGACAGCAUUACAUUUCUUAGCUGUGCUGCCGACCUGGUGGUUCAGAUUUCUGUCAACUCUACCAGUGCUGCAAGGGGACAAGGGGAUGAAUACAGCAAAUAUAUUGGCACCAACAGAAUCAGGAAUGGAACAGGUUUUAUUGGGGCUGUUGAUGAACAGAUCAUGAAAUUUAGAUGCAAGAUCAAAGAUUGCAAGCAUGCUUUGCCCAGUAAAAUUGUCAGUUCUUCCGUUGAUCAAAACUCAUCCUUCUGUUCCAACUCAAGUUUUGAUUUUGGGUCAUCGUCCCCUAAUACAAGUAGUACUGCAAGCUGUGCCUCACCCAUUAGUCCGGCCAACAAGAAAAAUAACGCAGAAAAACAUUUUUUCUACAGUGGCGUGACAGUCCAUACAAGCAGACAUGUCAUUUUUGAUAAGUCUGAAGCAGACAAUGCUCAGGUGAAGUUUUUUUUUAACUCCCCGGAUGGGAGAGGUGUAGUUCAAGGCCAUGUUGCAGCUAUUGUUGGGGUGAAUAUCCUACAAGAUCAUGUGACCUUGCAUGUGAUGUCACAUGAUAAAAACUUGUUCAAUACUGCUGGCAUUGUUCUUCAGAAUAUAAAAUCAAGCUAUAAGCAGAUGCUUACAAGCACGACAAAAGCCCAGCAAGCACACAGAUUGAAGCAUAAAGAAGAUAAAAGUUGGGUGGCCCUGAUAUCACAUCCGCACGGCUUGUCCAAAUAUGUGACGCUAGGGCGCGUCAGGAAAGAGAUGGUGGAUGGUAUUAGGGUUAAGAAGUUCUAUGACGCCCCAGCUUGUGAGGGGAGUUCAGGUGGACUAGUCAUGACAGCAUCAUUGUUAAAGCAUCAGUUUCCCGGUGCUGUGCAUAGCACUUUUGAUGUCAACACAGGCUUGAACUUCACACUGGAUUCCAGGUUUUAUAAUUUACCUCAUUAAAUGUUAAGUACUCACAUUAUUUAAAAAAAAAUCUAAACUUGUACAAAUGAAAUGAAAUAAAUUUUGGAAAAAAAAAACUGAAUAAGAGAUAUCUAAGUUUUCCCACAAAGUUUUGUCUGUUAAAAACCAACUUAUAAGAAAACACAUUGUUGUUUAAUUUUAUCGAUUUUAAACCAAUCCAACAAAGAAGCGUCUAGUCAUUUUUUGCUUCAGUUUCACAUUCAUGUUUACUAGGAUGGGUUUGUUUUAAAAUUGAAAAAAGAAAUAUCCAUAUUAUGUAAUUAUUAUUAUUUAUUUUAAUAAAUCGUGCUUUUAAAUAACAGAAUUUAAUUUUUUUAUAAUCUAUAUUUUAAAUUAUUUUUCUGGUAAUUUAAUUAUUGCUUCUGUGAUUUUUUACUUAUAAAUAAGAUCAUUAUUAUACCUUUUAAAUU